AUGUCUUCUUUGACAUCCAUCUUUUUCUUCUUUGUUAUUGUUGUGCCUUCUCCCUUGCUUUUCCUUCCUCUCUUUUAUUCUCUCCCUUUUCUCUUCUUUCUUUUUAAUUCCUCUUUUUCUUCCUUUCUUUUUAUCUCUUCUUUUUUCUCCUUCGUUUUCCUUCCUCGUUCCUUCUUUUUUCUCAUCUUUUCUUUUCCGUCUUCCUUCCUAACCUCCCCCUUUCUCUUCCUUUCUUUUAAUUCCACUUUUUCUUCUUUCCUUUUUCUUUUUCAUCUCUUCGUUUUACUUAUUUUUUUUUGUCUACUUUUUAUUUUCUGUUAUUUCUUUCUUCCUUUUUUCCAUUUAUUUCCUCUUUUUUACUUUUCAUUUUUUCCUUUUAAAUUAAAUUUUCUUUUCCUUCCUUUUAAUUCUUUGUUUUUUUUUAUCUUUCCUUUUUCUUUUUCAUCUCUUCCUUUUACUUCCUUACUUUUUCUUCCUACUUUGGAUUCGUUCUUUUUCCUUCUUUCUUUUUUAUUCAUUCAUUUUCUUUUCUUUUCCUUUCUCAAUCCUUUUCCUUCCAUCUUUCUUUUAUUUCCAUUUAAUUUCUCUUUUUUUCCCCUUCCUUUUUAUCUCUUCUCCUUUUUCUUCCUCGUUCUUUUUCAUUUACCUUCCUUUUUUCCUUCGUCCUUCCUUUCACUCUCCCUUCUUUCCUUUCCUUUCAAUUCUUCUUUUUCUCACUUCCUUUUCAUUUUUUUCUCUUUUUCUUUCAUUUUUUUUAUUCUUUCUGCCAUUUCUUUCUUCCUUUUUUUUUCUAUUUUUUCUUUCUUUUUAAUUUUUCCUUUUUCUUCUUUCCGUUUUCUCUCUAAUUUUGCUUCAUUCCUUUUCCAUCCUCUUUCCUCUCCUCCUCUCUUUCCUUCUCCUUCCCCUUUCUUUUCCUUCUUUUUUUUAUCCCUUCCUUUUUCCUCUUUAUCUCUUCUUCUUACUUUCUCCUUUUUCUUCCUUGUUAUUGUUGUUCUUUCUUUCUUUCUUUCUUUCUUUCUUUCUUUCUUUCUUUUUAAACUUUCUUUCUCUUGA